CUGUUUUCAUAAAUUUUGGUAAACGAAUGGAUCAACUCUCUUUCUCCUUUCUUUUGAAUCCUUCUUUUUUACCAUUUUCUUAACCACAAAUUCAAAAACUGAAGAGCAACAAAACAAAAACCAAAAACCAUGUUACACAGAGUGAGAGAGAAAAAAAAGAAACAAACAGAGAGAGAUUUAGUAUUGUGGAUCAUAAUUCACAUUCAUUCAUUCAUUCAUUGAUUUAUUUUCUUUUUUCUUCAUCUGGGUACCCUUCAAAUCUAUCAAACUUCAAUCUUUUCUCACAACAUCCAAUUUUGAAUAGAAAUUCCCAUCUGGGUAUUGUAUAUUUUCUUGUUUUUUCAAUUCCAUUAUGAGCAGAGAGAGUGGAGUUUUGAAGGCAUGGGAAGCCACGGUACGCAGAACACAAGCGGCCAAAAAACGAGCUCACAGCAUAUUCGGCACGACGUCGGUAGCUCACGCCGACGAUGGCGACAUCGAUUGCGCUGGCGAAGUAAUAGAAGCAGAAUUGAAUUCGGGCGAGGUUUAUCACGCCGACAGAAUCCUCCCCAAUGGCGACUAUUACACCGGCCAAUGGUGCGAUAGCUUCCCUCAUGGACAAGGCAAAUACCUAUGGACUGAUGGUUGUAUGUACGUUGGUGAAUGGAGCAAAGGCAAGACGAUGGGGCGAGGCCGGUUCAGUUGGCCUUCAGGAGCCACUUAUGAAGGGGAAUUCAAGAGUGGUUAUAUGGACGGAAAUGGUACUUAUACAGGAUCAAAUGGUGAUACUUAUAAAGGGAAUUGGGUUAUGAAUUUGAAACAUGGACAUGGAGUUAAAAGCUUCUCAAAUGGGGAUUGUUAUGAUGGGGAAUGGAGAAGAGGAUUGCAAGAAGGGCAUGGGAGAUAUCAAUGGAAAAAUGGGAAUCAUUAUGUUGGUGAAUGGAAAAAUGGGGAGAUUUGUGGGAAAGGGAGUUUUGUUUGGAGUAAUGGAAAUAGAUAUGAAGGGAACUGGGAGACUGGUUUGCCUAGAGGGAAUGGGACUUUCAAAUGGCCUGAUGGGAGUUUCUAUGUGGGGUAUUGGAGUAAAGAUCCACAAGAACAAAAUGGGAGCUAUUACCCUUCUGGUUCAUCUGGGAAUGUGCAUUGGGAUCCUCAAGAUGUGUAUAAUGUCGAUUUUAGUGAUUGCAAGAUCUGUCUUGGAGAGAAGGUUUCAAUUUUGCCAUCACAGAAGAAGUUGGCGGUGUGGAGAUCAUCGAAAGGGGAGGAUGGAGUGAAGCCGAGGAGGAUGUCUGUUGAUGGUAGGGUGAGUGUUGAUGUCGAGAAGCCGUUAGAUAGAAUGCAGAUGUGGGGAGGUGGGGAUAUGGAUGAGUAUGUGGCAGGAUGUUGUAGCGAGAGGACGUCAUCAGUCGGAGGAGGAGGCGGAGGCGGUCGAGGGGAUGUGGCUGAUUAUAUGUUGGGGCUGAAUUUGGAGAAGGAGGGACUUGGGAUGCCAGCGAAAAUGCCAAAAUCUUCCAAGAGACAAGGAGAGACGAUCUGCAAAGGGCACAAGAACUAUGAUCUAAUGCUCAAUUUGCAGCUUGGGAUCAGACAUUCAGUAGGAAGACCGGCCCCAACGGCUUCGCUCGAUUUGAAGCCUUCGGCUUUUGAUCCCAAGGAAAAAGUUUGGACCAAAUUUCCUCCAGAAGGAAGCAAACACACCCCACCCCACCAGUCAUGUGAAUUCAAAUGGAAGGACUAUUGCCCUUUAGUUUUCAGAACUCUAAGGAAAUUGUUCAAGGUGGAUCCAGCUGAUUACAUGCUAUCAAUCUGCGGGAAUGAUGCACUACGAGAACUUUCGUCUCCUGGUAAAAGUGGUAGCUUUUUCUACCUGACCAAUGACGACCGAUAUAUGAUCAAGACGAUGAAGAAGUCAGAAGCCAAGGUUUUGAUAAGAAUGCUCUCUGCCUAUUAUAACCAUGUGAGAGCCUUUGAGACCACUUUGGUGACCAAAUUCUAUGGUCUUCAUUGUGUUAAAUUAACCGGGCCUAUUCAGAAGAAGGUAAGGUUUAUCAUCAUGGGAAACCUUUUCUGCUCAGAGUAUUCCAUCCAUCGACGAUUCGACUUGAAAGGAUCAAUUCUUGGACGCACGACAGAUAAGCCCGAGAGUGAGAUUGAUGAAACAACUAUCCUUAAGGAUCUCGAUCUUAACUUUGUAUUUCGGCUUCAAAAAUCAUGGUUUCAAGAGUUUUGCAGGCAAAUUGAUCGGGACUGCGAGUUUCUCGAACAAGAAAGAAUCAUGGAUUAUAGUCUUCUUGUUGGUCUUCACUUCAGGGAAACUUCAGCUGCUGGUGAUUUGAUACCUUCUGGAGCUCGCACUCCGAUAGGUGGGCCCGAUAACGAAGUAGGUCCUCGUCUGUCGAGAGUUGACUUGGAUCAGCUCUUCCUAGAUCCAUCCAGAUGGUCAAGUAUCAAAUUGGGCGUAAACAUGCCAGCUCGGGUCGAACGAACGGUGAGAAGAAGCGACUGUGAGUUUCAACUAGUUGGAGAACCAACAGGGGAAUAUUAUGAUGUGGUUAUGUUCUUUGGUGUCAUUGACAUACUUCAAGAUUAUGACAUUAGCAAGAAACUUGAGCAUGCCUACAAGUCCAUUCAAUACGAUCCAACUUCAAUAUCAGCUGUUGAUCCGAAGCAAUACUCGAAGCGGUUUCGUGACUUCAUAUUUAAUAUCUUUGCAGAAGAUGAGACAAACUUCGAAUGAAAAUAAGUCUCUCAACUUGCCAACUAUUUGUGGAGGAAGCUAUUUAAUUUUUAGCUGGGUCGAAAGCGGGAAGUGAAGCUAGUCGGUCGCCUGGUUACAUUCUUUCAUUUGUUUUAUAUAUAGAAGCAGAUCAUAUAUAUUCAUAUGUUAUUUAGUAAAUGAGAUGAAAAAUGAAGCAAAUAGAAUUCUGUUUAUGUACCCAUUUCUGUAGUUUCAUAAUUACAAUUACACAGAGAAAGGUAUAGUCAUUGAUAACUGAAUACACUUUUGAUAUCAAUUUGCAACUGUAUAUAGAACCUCUUCUUUCUCCAUGUUUGAAUGCUUUACAAAACAUAUAAUAUCCAUUUUCUUCUUCCAUUUUUGGGGUUUUAUCAUUGGAUGAUCAAGUAUAUUUCCGAAACAAAAUUCCAUGUAGAUUUGUAUUUGUAUUUUACAAGCCAUUGAUUAUUGUAUAAAGAAAUACUUUUGAGCAA